AUGCUGCUGGGUCAACCGGUUACGCGCAUCACCGCAGGAUGGCAGAUCGACGGACCACUGACACCCUGGGCCUGCAACAUUUGCGAUCGAGCAUAUAAGGAAAAAGGCAAGCAAAAAGCGAUUCACUACGACUGCUGCCAGCAACUGACGUGCAGCGACUGCUACCACUCUCAACGAUUCCGACACGAGGAUGAUUGUCAGGGAGAACGGAUCCAAAUUACAGGAAAGCUCUGGAAGAAGCGGAUUACGAGUAUGUUAUCGAAA